AUGGAGCAGUUGGCACCUCAAGCUGAGGCAUGUUUGGAAGGACCGAAGAAUUUUUCACCGUCCCCAGACUUCGUGUGGCUUUGUGAAGAACUAUUCAAAAAGCUUGAUAAUGUACAAAUAGAGCGCAAACAACACUACAGCGGUUCCAAGCCUGUAUCAGUGCGAUACUAUGAGGUAAUAAACAACUUUGUCAAUUUAUGGAGGAGCACAGUUGGUACUGAUAUUUUCCCUGCUCUCGUACUUAUAUUACCUUAUCGGGACAAAAGGAUUUACAACAUAAAGGAUUACACUCUUGUAAAGGCUAUCUGCAGGUACUUGAAGCUUCCGAAAAAUUCAGUGACAGAGAGGAGACUGCUUAGAUGGAAGAAAAAAGCUUCAAGAGGUAUUAGACUGUCUGAUUUCUGUGUGGAAGAGAUUAAAAAGAGAAAGCGGGAAUCUAGCAAGAAAUGUCGUAUCACAAUCGAUAAACUUAAUGAAUUCCUAGACAAACUUGCUGAAGAGCGUGGCACUAAAGGAAGAGGUUACGUGGGAGUGAUUGAAUCUACUGCAUUCAAAUAUUGUUUAGAAAAUAUGUCUUAUAUGGAGCUCAAGUAUCUCUUUGAUAUUAUUUUAAAAAGUAGAGUAAUUGGAGGGCAGGAGCAUAAGUUUUUAAAUUGUUGGCAUCCAGACGCGGAAGAUUACCUCAGUGUCGUAUCUGACUUAAAACUUGUGGCAAGCAAACUUUGGGAUCCUAAUUUUCGUUUGAAAAAUGAUGACUUGAGCGUUAAUAUAGGAUAUGCUUUCGUGCCUCAUUUGGCCAAAAAACUCUCGAUCUCCUACGACAAAAUUUGCAAAAAAUUGGCUUAUGACUUCUAUAUAGAGGAAAAAAUGGAUGGCGAACGAAUCCAAUUACAUUACCAGGAUUACGGCAUGAAACUCAAAUUUUAUAGCCGCCGUGGAUUUGACUAUACGUACCUUUACGGUGAAAGCAUAAAAGGAGGAACAAUUUCCCCUUUCUUGAAGCUUACUAAAAAUGUGAAAGAAUGUGUGCUGGAUGGCGAAAUGGUAACUUUUGACCUUGAACGCAAUACUGUGUUACCUUUUGGAUUAGUUAAAAGUAGUGCCAAAAACGCUUUGAGUCCCGAAGGAAUCUGCACAUCUGGCUAUAGGCCCCUUUUUAUGGUACUUGAUCUGAUAUAUCUUAAUGGUAUAAGCAUUACCAAACUACCGUUGCACCAACGUAAGGUUUAUUUACGUCAGAUAUUAACACCGCAUCCAAACAUUGUGAAUAUUCUUCCAUAUAUCCGAUGCUCUGAUUCAGAAUCAAUUAAAAAAUCUCUUCAGACUGCCAUAACAAUGGGAUCAGAAGGAAUAAUUCUCAAGCGAUAUAAUUCAAAAUAUAGCUUCGGAGCUCGAAAUGAUAAUUGGCUAAAGGUAAAACCUGAAUAUCUAGAGCAGUUUGGUGAAAACAUGGAUUUGCUUGUAAUUGGAAGAACACCUGGGAAGAAAGACUCUCUGAUGUGUGGUUUAGCUGUCUUUGAAGAAGAAGAAAUUUCCGAUGCAAUGAGGGAAAUGCAGCAGAUUGUCAAUUUGGAUACCGAUUCCGAAGAUAUAGAAGAGGAACACGAACGGAAGAAGAAGAUCAAAGGAUUUGUUUCGUUCUGUGUUAUUGCCAAUGGUAUUUCUCAGGAAGAAUUUAAGGAAAUCGACAGAAGAACGAGAGGAUUUUGGAAAAAAACAGAAGAGAUUAAUCCUCCACCUUUAUUGAAAUUUGGGACCAAAGUACCAGAAGAAUGGAUCGAGCCUCAAAAUUCUGUGGUUCUUGAAAUUAAAGCAAGAUCUUUAGAUAAUACGGAGUCAAGUGGAAGAAAAUUCAAAGCUGGUUGUACGUUAUACGGAGGAUACUGUAGGGGAAUAAGAUUAGAUAAAGAUUGGACUACCGCAUAUAGUUUGUCGGAGCUAUAUCAGGAGAGAAGAAGCAAAUCUAGUGCUUACGGACAGAGUGCUAAACAGACUCUUCUCAAACCAAAAAGAGCGCGGAAAAGUAAUAUUGCUCUUUCGAUAGGAAUGAAGCUAGAUGAUGAUGAAGCUUAUAAGAGGAAUCUUGACAUAUUUCGAGGGUUGUAUUUUUAUAUACUAUCUGACUGUGUUGAUAUUUGGAGUAAAAGACGUAUAACGAAAGAGCAACUGGGAGCUUAUGUAGUGCAGAAUGGAGGCGUACUAAUCAACAAUUUGAUAAACAAACACAAUACUGAAAGUAGCUAUCGCAUAAUCAGUAGCAGGUGUACGACCGAAUGCAAUUUGUUGGCUGAAAGAGGUUACGAUAUUAUUAAUCCUCGCUGGAUUUUAGAUUGUAUUAGCUAUGAAACCCUGGUUAAGAUAGAACCGCGACAUUGUUACAAAGUAUCUAAUGAUUUGAUGAAGGUGGCAAAAUGCAGGGCGGAUAAUCUUGGCGACAGCUACGAGAUAUUCGUUUCCCAAAACGGAUUAGACAGCCUUAUAGAUUUCGCAGUUAGCUUCGAUAACAUGAAAGAAGUCAAAUUUCAUACAGAUUCUGAAAUACAAAAGAUUCCACUUUUUCUGCUUAGUGGCAGAGUUGUUUAUGUCCCUCCAAUACCUUAUAGUGAGGAUGAGGUUACCAAUGGUAUAAUAGAUAGGAUUAAGGCAUUUGGGGGCAAAACGACCCAAAAUAUCUCAUCAUGUAAUUUAAUAAUAACUCCCGAUGCCAAUGCUGAAGAGAAGGCUAGUAUUAUCAAGAAAAUACGGUUGGAAUUAUCGUUUUUGGAUGAAAAUAGUGGCUAUCCUCCAAAGAUUCCAUUUAUUGUUGCUGGAGAGUGGCUUUUUAAGUCAAUUGAAAAUGGAUUCCAAUUACCUGAAGAAGACUUCGGGGUUUUCUGA